GGCGGUCCGCUCCAUCGAACUAAAAGAGCCAUCGAGCGCGGGUUCUUGCCUUGUUUUCGCACGCUAAUACACUGCAUUCGAUGGUACCAUCUGCUGGCGCCAUGCUGUCGAACCAGUCUCAUACUACACCAAGGCCGUCUAGCAGGAGGGCAAACGAAGACUUUGAGAGGCAGGAGCCGGGAACGAAACCCAAGAAAGUCAACAGCGAGAUUAGGAAACAGCAGAACCGAAUCGCCUCCAGAAACUACAGGGAGAAGCGCAAGAGGAAAUUGCAAUAUCUGCAACAGCUUCUGAGAGACGGGGAAUCGCCAGAAGAUGCUGCGCAAGCUGUUGAAGAAGCACACCAGGAACGCAUGGUCACACCAGAGUACCAGGUUCAGACGCAAGCAGCACCAGCCUUCCCACUCCCAUCCAGCGCCCUUUUCCCACCAACAGUAGUAACAAGUGGCAACUCUAUGGACUCUAUCUUUUCGGCUGCAACAACAUCUUAUGAUCGUCAGUUCGGUCGUCCAUCCCAAAAUUACACCGCUUGCGAAGGCACCUGGAACAAUACGAUGUAUGGACAUACUUCUAACGUCAACAUGUCAACUUGGAACGUUCCGAUUUGGAUGCCCAACGUGGAGUAUACACCGUCGGUAUCUUCUGGAGCAGAGGACUUGUAUACGCCACCACAACAGACGCACAACACCUUCGAGCAGCUUCCGACGCCCCCUCAACAACCUCGCACACCCGACCCGGAUUUGUUUGUCCUUGGGUCAUACGGACACUGCAGGAGAUUCGAUAGCCAGCAGACCAUGGGAAUCUCGAAUGUGUGUUUGCCUUCCUCGGCUGCGUCAUCUCCAUUUCCCUACAUGAGAUACACGGGCCCGGCGUAAUAGCACAAUUAAACC